CGGCGUUGUCAUUUGUCGGGUGACAUACACUACGCUUCCUUCUCUUAACCAUGGCAACCAUAACUACUACGGCCACCACGGCCAUUCGCUUUCGCCCUCUUCACCCCUCAUUUGGUGCCGAGUGUGAGGGCGUGGACUUCUCUCAACCGGUCCCGGACGCCGUCAUCGGACAGCUUCGUGCCGCGAUGGCUACGUACGGCGUCCUGGUAUUCCGCGCCACCCGACUUGACGAUGCGCGCCAUACUGCCUUUGCGCGCCAAUUAGGUGAACCGAUGGUGGAUAGCGCGGUCGGGAAACCGGGAGUACCAAACCGACUCGAUCCUAAAGGCGAGCUGAUGGAUAUUGGGAAUGUGGAUGGCGACGGUCGGAUCUUGUCGCCAACGUCGUGGCGGUCGCAGCUGCUCCGGGGCACACGCCUCUUUCACGUAGAUGGCUCCUACUUCCAACGCCGAGCGGGAUAUAGCCUCCUUCGCGCGCACCAAUUACCCCCAAGGGGAACCGGGGGCGCAACGGCAUUUGCCGACACCAGGACAGCUUAUGAGGACCUGGCAGAGGAGACCAAGAACAGAAUUCAGAAUCACAUGCUAUGGCACUCACUCAUGCAAAGUCGCUAUUUGGGAGCCCCAGACAAUUGGCUCAUCAGGUUAUUGGUUUCUGUCUCCGAUGUGGAUGACCUCCGUCGUAUUCCAUAUUUGACGGCCGUGGGUCUGGUAGCCCGUGUACUGGGGAUUUGGGUCAAUAUGGUGGACGUCGGCCUGUUCCUGUUGUUCUCUUUCGCUUUGGGCCGGAUCCUAGUGCUGAGUUUGUUGCCCGAGGCUGCAACAUCGCGUGGGCUUCAUCCACUGAUAGACGGGAGAAGCAAGGCAGACAGCAAGCCCGUAAUUGGGGCAUUGAUGCGACAUGCUAGUCAGGACAAAUAUGUUCUUACCGUGGACUGGCAGAACAAUGGAGACAUGAUUAUGUGGGACAAUACUUGUGUGAUGCACCGAUCUUGUGGUGGCUCAUAUCAAGGACGGUAUGUGCGUGAUAUGCGCAGGGCCACAAUUUUUGACUCCGCGUAG